AUGUUUCGUGUCAUAGAAGUCAUUUUGUUCAAUACCUUGCUUGCUUUUACUGCUGGUCAAUUGACAGUGAAUAUUAUAAGCAGACAAGAAUGGGGUGCGAGAUUACCAAAAGAACCUCCAAUGAACCUGACGAUAAAUCCACCAGCAUUUAUCGUUAUUCAUCAUUCUGGACGAGGUGUAGGAUGUACUACACAAGCUUUAUGUCAAGCUCAAGUCAGGAGUUUUCAGGAUUUCCAUAUAGAUUUUAGAAAAUGGGAUGAUAUUGGUUACAACUUUUUAAUUGGAGAAGAUGGUAAUGUUUAUGAAGGCCGUGGCUGGGGUAUCAAAGGAGCUCAUUUCCCUGCUUACAAUGCACGAAGUUUAGGAAUUUGUUUUAUUGGGAAUUUUGAUAAAAAAAUUCCAGCACCAGCAGCUAUUAACACUGCAAAAAAUUUUCUGGAUUAUGCAGUAACUUUAGGUAAAUUACAAUCAAAUUAUACGUUGAUAGGACACCGACAAGGAAGAUCGACUACUUGUCCGGGUGACAAACUUUUUGAAUUAAUUCAAAGUUGGCCACAAUGGAAAAAUGUUACUACUGACUAACUUUUUUUUCAUUUACAAUAAAAUUUUUUAAAAUG